GGGGGCUUUUUCUCCACCAUCUUUUCCAGUUUGUUUGGAACUCGAGAGAUGAGGAUUCUUAUCCUGGGACUGGACGGAGCAGGAAAAACAACCAUUCUCUACAGGUUACAAGUUGGAGAAGUUGUUACCACCAUUCCGACCAUUGGCUUCAAUGUUGAGACAGUGACAUACAAGAAUCUGAAAUUUCAAGUUUGGGACCUGGGAGGACAGACAAGCAUAAGGCCAUAUUGGCGGUGUUACUAUUCGAACACAGACGCAGUCAUUUAUGUCGUGGACAGCUGUGACCGAGACAGAAUUGGCACUUCAAAAUCAGAGCUUGUUGCUAUGUUAGAGGAAGAAGAGUUGAAGAAAGCCAUUUUGGUGGUGUUUGCAAACAAACAGGACAUGGAACAGGCCAUGACUCCCACAGAAAUGGCAAAUGCCCUUGGUUUACCAGCUCUGAAGGACCGAAAAUGGCAGAUAUUCAAAACCUCUGCAACUAAAGGCACAGGCCUUGAUGAAGCAAUGGAGUGGUUGGUGGAGGCCUUGAAGAGCAGGCAGUGAUAGAAAACUGGCGACUGCAAGGAAGUUUCAGCUAUAUCAUCGAGCAUCUCCCUUUCUGCAGUUAAGUGUUUUCAGGCUACAGAUACCUGUAAAUAGGACAGCUCUGAGUUUGACUCCUGUAACGUGGAUGCCUCUCGUGAAUUGUAAAACUGAACCAAGUGAAUGUCUGUGUACAUUAUGAUACUCCAUUUCUUUCUGUUUCAAGAAUGUACUUAUGUUAAUUUGUAUGAAAGUCUUACUGGCUGGGAAAGUGGUUUUUUUUUUCUCAUCCCUCCUCCCUCCUCUGGUGGCUCUGAGUGGCCAGCAUAUUGGUGUACUAGAACACUAAUAAAACCUGGAACUGUCAGCUAUA